AUGGAGAAGAUUAAAAAUUUUGAAGAACUUAUCAGCGACUAUAUCGGUCCUAAUAAAAUUGUAGUGGAUACCAAAGUAAGUAAUUUAACGGCGCCUGGAGAAAACUAUUUAAGUGAGAUCAUUAAAAUUGAUGUAAUUUUGAAAGACAAGGUUAGUGAUAAAAAUGAAGAUUUGUCUCUCUUAGCCAAAUUGUCUACAACUGAUGAAUUUAUAGGAUCUACGUGUAACAUAACUAAAAACGAAGUCAUUUUUUAUAGAGAUAUAAUUCCUGCUAUAAAAAGCUUUCAUAAAAAACAUGGUUUACCUUAUCCCUCGUUUUAUCCAGAUUUUGCAGGAGGUCGAAUUAAUUUGACAGGAGUUGAAGACAAGGCUGAUGACGACGCUGUUUUAAUUCUUGAAAAUUUAGUAACAAAAGGUAAGAUCUAG